AUGUCCGCCAUCGCCGACGACAAGACCAAGAUCGGCAUCGACGAGAGCCCCAUCUCUCCUGUUGAACGUCGUGACUCGCUCGAAAAGCACCUGCAACACCGCCCCGAUCCUCAAGACCUCAAGGACCGUCACAUUCUGCUCGAUACCAACGCAGCUCCGUCCCUUCAAGCCAAACAAGUCGAACUCGAACGGGCACAAGCCUCGGACAGUCUUAGAAAGCAUCUGGAGAAACGACCUGAGCGUGAUGAGCUUGUUGAGCGUAACAUUCUCCCCGACAGCAGCGCGGCUGCUGGGAUCCAAGCGAACCAAAAGAGCCUAGAGAAGCACAUGAGGGCCGACAGCCUUGAUCAGAAGUUGCAGCGCCGCCCGACGGCCGAGCAAUUGGUCAAGGAGGGCAUCCUGGAAGAGAACGAGGUUCCGGGCAAGGAGUAA